AGUGACAGAUAAGUACCGGCACGUGUUCCCGCGCCGCAUCGUGGUUGACUAAUUGAAUAUAUUCACUUCAUUCAAUCAAUUCUGUUCAGUCAGUCAUAUAAGUAUCUGUGGUUAGUUAUUGUUUGUGUGACCGCGUGAUUAUAAUUUAUCGUAAAUCUUAAUUUGUGCACUAUUCUUAGUUUCCGCGAAAGAAUUUAGUCAGAAUGGGAGAGAUUGAAAGCGGUCAAAACAUUCACGUGUUCCUCUUGUCGGCAACUGCAGUUUUAGUCUGCGUUUUGUUGCAUUUCAUUUACAAAAUUAUAUUCCGCAACAAAAACCAAGCGGUGGAGGAACGUGAGAGAGAGAACAAUUCUGGCACUCUCACUGAUGAACCGCCGUGUGAAGCCGUUGCGGAGACACGCGUCGGCGGUAAAAGCAAAAAACGCCCAGCAUGGAAAGGAAAAACGGACUUCAGCCAUCCCUGGCUUAUGAAGAAUCUCAAGGGUCAUCCCGGAACGGUUUUGUUAAUGGAUUUCUCCGCCAACGGCAAGUUCAUGGCCGCUACCUGUGAUGAUGGGUCAGUGAUCCUUUGGGACAUACGAGAUCUGAGCCAGAAGGAGCACAGAACUUUACGUGUGAACAUCGAGUUUGACCACGCCUCCCAUGUGGCCUGGAGCCCGGACUCCAAGGCUUUCAUCGUUCACACCGUACGAGAAAAUAAUAUUAUCGUCUACAAAAUCGAGAAGAAGAAGGAUGGCGCUAUUGCUUCCGCCACGCCUGCUAUCACUUUCGAUAAGGUCCACCAAGAUGACGUAAUAGGAUUCGAUAUAUCGAGUAACGGGAAAUUCAUGAUGUCGUGCUCAUCAAAGACAGAUUUGGUGAUAUGGGACCUAAAAGGGCAACAGCUUGAGAAGCUAGACACGUAUCUGAUGAGCACUCACGCCGCCAAGAUAUCGCCCUGUGGCCGUUUCGUCGUCGCCACCGGUUUCUCGCCAGACGUUAAAGUAAUGGAAGUGUGUUUUACGAAAACUGGAGAUUUCAAACAGGUGUCAAAGGCUUACGAGCUGACGGGACAUUCGUCGGGUAUAUACGACGUGGCUUUCGAUGUUGACACGUCACACAUCGCAACAAUAUCCAAAGACGGCACGUGGAAGCUAUACCACACAAAGAUCGAUUACGUCAGAGGUGAAUCUCCCCACGUUUUGGAGACGGGGAAAUACACGCAGACCGCAAAUGCACCUCGCAUCGCGCUAUCGCCCAACGCCGAAGUCCUGGCCGUGUCUGUUGAUUCUUCAAUAGAGUUCUACGACACGUAUACAGGGAUAUUAUAUGACACCGUGGAAAAUGUUUACACAGGUCUAGUUAACUACAUGAAGUUUGACGCAAGCGGCCAGUAUUUGUUCGUAUGCGGCGACCGAGUCGUGAGGGUGCUCCACAACGUUUGCGGAUACUUCACGACCAUUGAGAGUUGCAAAAGACUUCUCAAAAGUAAACAGACCUCCGCGACUGUGGAACGUCUUCAUAAAACAAUACAAGAUUGCAAGCAGACCUUAAAGAAAUUCGGUAAGUAAGGGUAAAGAGAUAUCUCUAAUUUUGCACUAAUUAGUAUUUUUUUAUAUCGUAUUUCCUAGGCCGUAUCGUAAUUUAUCUACGGACUGAUUAUAUGUGUAAUAACAAUUUUACAAUCGUAACAAUUGUAAGUAAUUAGAACGGUGAUAGUAUUUUCCCAAUGUUUAUAUUUGUAGGUAGUUUUUAUUAUUAUGUUAUUAUAUCUCGAGACGAUAACGAAAUAAUCACAAAAUUGCAUUUAUAUAAUAUAACGUAGGUAAUUAGUUUUGUCAUAAUUUUAUUUUGUUAAGUAUGAACUUACAGUUUAAACCAAUUAACAAUAAUUUGCAGACAUUAUGUAAACAUUUCGUUUAUAUAACUUUAUUUACUUGACAAUUCGAUGUAAAAUUUAAAACAUUCGUUUUCACUUUGUUCGACAUGUCAUUAGCAGUUUCUUAUUGUGAGCGUGUGUAGAUGCCCUUUCAAAGGUGUUCGAAUUUGAAAAUAUUAUUUUUCAAUUUUGUAAUAAUACGGUACAUUUAAUUUUAGGUAAGUAUUGCGAACGGUUUUUAGGAACGAUCUCUUGAUGAAAAAAAAUAUGUUUGUGGUUAUUGCAUUUGUAUUUUGUAAAAUGUAGAGAAGUCUUAAUACAAUAUUAUUGUAAUAUUUUCAUUGCUCAAUAAGUAAUAAUAAUAGUAAUCUCAAAAAAAUUAUGAUAUCUUUCUAAUUCAGUCAUUAUAGAUUCAUAUAUUAGUGGUAAAUAAAAGUAUCCGUUUGAAAUGGUAAUCUAAUUUUGACAACUGUUAUGUAUUUUGAUGUAUUUGAGUCAGAUUUCUUGGUCAAGUGUCACUAAGAAAUCAAAUCCUGUUUCCUAUAGAAAUAUGCAUAAGUCUUAUUCCACUAAGUGGUAGAUGGUAAGUAGUGUGUUCUUAUUAAUAUUCGAUUUGGUUUACGACCGGAGCAUGACUUGGACCUUAGGAAUAAUGAACCUUUUUAUUACUGAGGCAGAUGGACGAGCUCACGGCCCACCUGAUGUUAAAUGGUCACCGGAGCCCAUAAACAUCAAUCACGUCUAUAACGCCGCCUACCUUGAGAAUCAGUUCUAAGCCCAAGUUUUUACAGUACAACGGCUGCCCCACCCUUCAAACCGAAACGCAUUACUGCUUCAUGGCAGAAAUAGGACUCUUUUUUUUUUGACUCACAUGACGCCCUGUCGCUAGUUAACUUGGGUUAGAAAGUCAGAACAGGAAUUAGUGGGAGGGUUAUGUUAGAAGAUAAGAUACCGCGGAAAGACGAUAUAAAAAAUAGUAAUAACUGAAGACAUGAGUAAAUGAAGGAGAUAUGAUACAAUUUGUUAAUUUUGAGAAAACGGGCAACACACUUUUGAUGUACGUUUUCUUCGUACAUAACUCUUUCGUCACAUGCAAUUCGGAUUGUCGAUAAUCCCAUUCUUACGGAUCGUUUGGAACCUCUGGGUUUGCGGAGGGACUUCGGUUCCCUCUGUAUUCUGUACCGUGUGCUCCAUGGGGAGUGCUCUGAGGAAUUGUUCGAGAUGAUACCGACAUCUCGCUUUUACCAUCGCACCGCCCACCACCGGAGUAGAGUUCAUCCAUACUACCUGGAGCCACUACGUUCAUCCACAGUGCGUUUCCAGAGAUCUUUUUGUCACGUACCAUCUGGCUAUGGAAUGAGCUCCCUCCACGGUGUUUCCCGAGCGCUAUGACAUGUCCUUCUUCAAACGAGACCUGUGGAGAGUAUUAAGUAAACGGUAGGCAGCGCCUUGGCUCUGCCCCUGGCAUUGCUGACGUCCAUGAGCGACGGUAACCACUCACCAUCAGGUGGGCCGUAUGCUCGGCUGCCUAUACGGCAACAAAAAAAAUAUUCUAAAAAUAGCUUUUAAACCUGGAGUUUUAAGGUCUAAUAUGGUCUAUGGGCACAUAACACCUUCAUUCAAUGUAAAAACUCACAAAUCUUACAAAUGGUACUUUACCCCUUCAUCCACUCAUGUCUUUAACUAUAGUAACACGUGUCAUUUAUUUUUGUAACGAAAGGUCCGUUUUAUUUGGUAUUAGCAUCAACAAUUCGAUCUUUGUAAUUGACCUUCAAUAAAGUUAACCCCAUUCUAAUAGCUAAAGAAGUUUUUUUGUUACGAUAUUCUUUUCAAAUUAUAAACUUUAAAUGGCCAUCCUGUGAUAUUGCAAAAAUGUCGCUUAAACCAAAUAGCCUCGAUAUGUAAUUUUUUUAAAUAAAAACCUCCGUUACUUAUAUAAUAAGUAAAUUCUCCGGUUAAUUAAAUUUGCAUUUGUAUAACGUUCUUGUAAUUCAUUCACAUUUUAUGUAAGAAAUAUUACUGUGUGUGUUUUAUUUACUAACGAAAACAAUGUUUCAGUUGUUUAAUUUUUAAGUAGGUAACUACGUAAUACAUACUUUUGUUUCCAUAUUAUUGAAAUGUGUUUGUUACAUUGUGUCUCAAUAAUAAAGUUUCUUAUUUUUUUUAA